ACUGGUUUCCACGUGGAACUAAUAAAUUUUGGCGAGAGGCUGAAAUCCAAUUCCAUCCCCGAAAUUAGUUCUCUUCUCACUGUGCAGUCAACGCAACGUAAUGCAAUUUGAGCGGUAGCAACUGGUGCGCCGGCAGCGAUAAGCCCGAAUAAACCAAGCGCCUGCGUCAUUCCCGAGCAGGCAACCCGCAAAACCUGCCGAGCUGCGGACCAUGGAGGAGCGGAAAAAGGUGAUCGCGGAGGCGGAAGCCGAGCUGGACGAAAUUUUGCAACACACCUCCGACCUCUCGGAGGCCGACCUGGCCCUCGCCUGCGCCCCUCUACUGGCGGCCCACCGACAAUUCGUUCUCAGGAGGGCCGUGCUGCUGCUGGUGGCCGUCGCCGUGGCCGCCUUGAUUGCGACCAACUCAGCCACGGUCAAGCUGCACUUGCACGCAGUUGCCAGGGUUGCUCUCGUUAAGCUGCUGCCAUGGUGGGACUGGCGUCCUCUGCACCGUCAGCGCUGUCUGCUGCCCAAUCCGCACUUUUCUCCUCCGCCAGCCAAUUCUAAGGACGAGUGCCUCUCAUGCGAGGCGAUCGACCGCGUGGACAGGGUUGCCGACACCUCUUACCAACAACUGCUUGACCGCUUUCUUCAGAGGGACGCACCUGUUAUUGUUACCGACGCUAUGGACACCUGGCCUGCUAUGCGAAGCGACAAAUUGUGGUUUGACAACUUCACGCAGGUGUAUACUGAGGAAAAAAAGCAAGAGGGGAAAAAGCCGAGACCGUGUGCAUUAUCAUCAAACAUCCGUGCUGGUGCUUCAUCUGCCAUCCUGAUGAAAAAGCUAAACAAUCCCCGUCUAGACCAUUGGUUUGCUCAUUGGCUCAACUGUGAUGCGUCAGCGAUGAAGGCAAUGCGUCAGUUUUACCAACGGCCGUACUUUUUAGCUUCCUCGGUGGCGCCGGCUCACUUCAAUUGGAUCGUGCUGUCAUCAAACUAUUGGGCAAAAUCAUACAAAAAGCUCAGACUAGAAGCUGGUUUGAUCAUGGUGCAUCAGUUGAGAGGAUCGACCCAUUUCCGUCUUGUACCAGUUCCUCUAUGUGAAGAGAUGUGUACAGAAAUCACUGAGACAGUGCGUGAAGGCGAAAUAUUGGUUUUCCUGAACUUUCUAUGGGACUUGCACUACUCGUCAGGUAGAGGAGCAGAAAACAUGGCUAUUAUCACAGAGACCACGUGGGACACCUUCACCGUGUACUAAACACUCAAAUCAAUAAAAUCGUCACCCAAAUCUAAAA